AGAGAGAUAAGACUAUAUAUAUAAGCUAGAGAGGGAUCUCUACUCUCACUCGCUACUACUAUCUUCCCCCGCCAUCACAUUCACAACUCGGAACCGAGUGCACUCAGUGACUCUGACUCGGUCUCACAGCAAUGGCGGUUUCUCAAUUCUCUUGUAGUGGAGCAAUGGAGUCUUUGCACUACAAAUCGCAGUCGAAACUGAUCGAUUUCGGCUCCAGGAGGAGCUUCAGUUCGCGGUUGUUGCUGGCGAGGACGUUGAAUUUGAAUCCGAGGACUCAUCGGAGCCGCCACCGGAGGUCGGUUCUGGUCACCAACGUCAUAAAGGAUCCGGACGUCGCACAAGAAAAUACAGGCAGCUCAUUCACACCUGAUGCUGUAUCCGUCGCUUCAAGUAUCAAAUACCAUGCUGAGUUCACACCGUCGUUUUCUCCGGAGAAAUUUGAGCUUCCAAAGGCCUACUUUGCAACUGCACAAAGUGUCCGUGAUGCGCUCAUUGUUAACUGGAAUGCAACGAAUGAAUAUUAUGAAAAGUUGCAUGUAAAGCAGGCAUAUUAUUUGUCAAUGGAAUUUCUACAGGGUAGAGCGCUGUUAAAUGCAGUUGGUAAUUUGGAGCUAGCAGGCGCAUAUGCAGAGGCUUUAAGCAAGCUUGGACACAAAUUAGAAACUGUGGCUGACCAGGAGCCAGAUGCUGCCCUCGGGAAUGGGGGUCUUGGUCGGCUUGCCUCAUGCUUCUUGGAUUCUUUGGCAACUUUGAACUACCCAGCAUGGGGUUAUGGACUUAGGUACAAGUAUGGGUUAUUUAAACAGCGAAUUACCAAAGACGGUCAAGAAGAAGUAGCUGAGGAUUGGCUUGAGCUGGGAAAUCCCUGGGAGAUUGUGAGGAAUGAUGUUUCUUAUCAUGUAAAAUUCUACGGCAAUGUUGCUACUGGAUCAGACGGAAAACGGCAUUGGAUUGGAGGAGAAGAUAUUGAGGCUGUUGCUUAUGAUGUUCCAAUACCAGGAUACAAAACAAAAACGACUAUCAACUUGCGGCUUUGGUCAACCAAAGCUCCGUCAGAGGAUUUUGAUUUAUAUUCUUUUAAUUCUGGGGAGCACACAAAAGCAUGUGAAGCUUUAGCAAAUGCCGAAAAGAUUUGCUAUGUACUUUAUCCUGGCGAUGACUCACUGGAGGGAAAGACACUUCGUCUGAAGCAACAAUAUACUUUAUGUUCAGCUUCUCUCCAAGAUAUUGUUGCACGUUUUGAGAGAAGAUCCGGAACAAACCUAAACUGGGAAGAGUUCCCCGAGAAGGUUGCAGUGCAGAUGAAUGACACUCAUCCAACUCUCUGCAUUCCUGAGCUGAUUAGGAUUUUAAUGGAUUUGAAGGGUUUGACAUGGAAGGAGGCCUGGAAUAUUACUCAAAGAACGGUUGCAUAUACAAACCAUACUGUUCUACCUGAGGCAUUGGAGAAAUGGAGUUUGGAACUUAUGCAGAAGCUGCUUCCUCGACAUGUGGAGAUCAUAGAACUGAUAGAUGAGGAGCUCAUUAACACCAUAGUCUCGGAGUAUGGUACAGAAGAUUGUGAUUUAUUAGAAAAGAAACUGAAGGAGAUGAGAAUCUUAGAAAAUGUUGAUUUGCCUGCCACAUAUGCAAAGUUAUUUGUUAAACCCAAAGAAAGCUCCGUUGUUCUUCCCACUGAAAAACUUGAAGAUUCAAAAAAGGAUGUCGGGGCCGUUGAUGAAGAAAUUGCGCAAAAACUUGAAGACUCAAAAAAGGAUGUCAGGGCCAUUGAUGAAGAAAUUGAGCCUGAGAAGAAACCCAUAGAGGAAAAGGAUGUCGGGGCCAUUGAUGAAGAAAUUGAGCCUAAGAAGAAACCCAUAGAGGAAAAGAAAAAGGCACCCCCAAAACCACCUAAGCUAGUUCGUAUGGCAAACCUUUGUGUUGUAGGUGGUCAUGCAGUAAAUGGUGUUGCUGAGAUACAUAGUGAAAUAGUAAAGGAUGAAGUAUUCAAUUCAUUUUAUAAAUUGUGGCCUAAGAAGUUUCAAAACAAGACAAAUGGCGUGACACCAAGAAGAUGGAUCCGCUUCUGCAAUCCAGAUUUGAGUAAUAUUCUAACCAAAUGGAUUGGCACAGAAGACUGGGUCUUAAAUACAGAAAAACUGGCCGAGUUACGACAGUUUGCGGAUGAUGAGGAUCUCCAAACUCAAUGGAGGCAAGCAAAAAGGAGCAACAAGUUGAAAGUUGCAUCAUUCAUUAAAGAAAAAACAGGAUUUUCUGUCAACCCUGAUGCAAUGUUUGAUAUCCAGGUGAAGCGCAUUCAUGAAUACAAGAGACAACUUAUGAAUAUUUUGGGAAUUGUUUACCGGUACAAGAAAAUGAAAGAAAUGAGUGCUUCACAAAGGAAAGCAAAGUUUGUUCCACGUGUUUGUAUGUUCGGAGGAAAAGCAUUUGCAACGUAUGUACAAGCCAAGAGAAUUGUGAAGUUUAUCACAGAUGUCGCGGAGACUGUAAAUCAUGAUCCUAGUAUAGGUGAUCUACUAAAGGUUAUCUUUGUACCUGAUUAUAAUGUCAGUGUUGCUGAAUUAUUAAUUCCUGCAAGUGAGCUCUCACAGCACAUCAGCACUGCUGGGAUGGAGGCCAGUGGCACCAGCAACAUGAAGUUUGCAAUGAAUGGCUGCAUCCUAAUUGGGACUCUGGAUGGAGCCAAUGUUGAAAUAAGAGAAGAGGUUGGAGCAGAUAACUUUUUCCUCUUUGGUGCUGAAGCUCAUGAGAUUGCUGGGCUGAGAAAAGAACGAGCUGAGGGGAAGUUUGUUCCAGACCCCCGUUUUGAAGAAGUCAAGGAAUUUGUCACAAGUGGUGUUUUUGGGUUGUACGAUUAUGAUGACCUGAUCGGAUCCUUGGAAGGAAAUGAAGGAUUUGGUCGUGCUGAUUACUUCCUUGUUGGCAAAGACUUCCCCAGUUACAUAGAAUGCCAAGAGAAGGUUGAUGAGGCGUAUCGGGACCAAAAGAAAUGGACAAGAAUGUCAAUCCUGAACACAGCAGGCUCAUCCAAGUUUAGCAGUGACAGAACCAUCUACGAAUACGCUAAAGACAUAUGGAACAUUAACCCUGUCGAAUUACAGUAGAGGUAGAUUUUGCGAGCGAAGAUGGUCUUACCUGAUGGUUGUGAACUUUUUUGAUGACCCUCCCCAUUUUCGGUUGCUACUCUACUUCCUCUCCCAUGUAAAGGUAAAUAAUGCCGGAAUAAACUUUUGGUUGUUCCACUACCGUCAGUCUCAGUCUAGUAUGUAAAGUAAAUGCUUGGAAUAAAGGGGUGGUUUUCCCGGAAAAAAAUCAUCUAGUAAAUGAUUCAUCGUUUGAUUCAUUACUCA